AUGACCGUAUCUCCGAGCUCUCCCCGCAUUCUUGCAGCAACCUCAACUUCUCCCACUCCACCACGCUCAACCCUCGGCAAACCCGCGGCGAUGGCUCUCCCCAAGGCCAGGAACCCUCUGGCCUUCACGCCGUGGCCAGUCACAAUCAUCACGACGCUGGUGUAUCUGGCCCUGCUCAUCCCCAUACUGGUGAUCAACACCAACGUCCCGGCCGCGCCGCGAAUAAGCCCCAAGGGCCUCAACCUCACCGAGGCAUGGCAUGACCUGCAGAUUCUGACCGGUGGCUUCCACCCGUACAACUCGCGCCGAAAUGAUAAGGUGCGCGCGUGGUUGCUGGACCGUAUCGACGCGAUCGUCAAGUCUGCGCCUGCCGCGACGGAAUACCGCGUCUUCGACGAGGAUAAGCCCGAAAUCUUUGUCUUCGACGACCUUACCUCGAAUCUCACCUCGCUGGAUGGUCGCACGGGUGUCUACUUUGAAGGCACGAAUGUUCUUGUUUAUAUCCGUGGUUGGGAGGAUAAGAAAGAGAAGUGGUGGGAGGUUCCUGGGAAAACUCCCGCUGGGAAGGGAGGGGUACUGGUCAAUGCGCACUACGACAGUGUAUCGACUGGCUAUGGCGCGACGGAUGAUGGCGUCGGUGUCGUGACUUGUCUCCAGCUGCUGAAGUAUUUUACCACGCCUGGACAUGCGCCGCGUCGCGGACUGGUGGUGCUUUUCAAUAAUGGCGAGGAGGACUAUCUGAAUGGCGCCAGGGCGUAUAGCCAGCAUCCGAUGUCGAAAUUUGCGCACACCUUCCUCAACUUGGAGGGUGCUGGUGCUGGGGGUCGCGCGACGCUGUUUCGCAGCUCUGAUACUGAGGUUACACGGGCGUAUGCGAAGUCGGAACACCCGUUCGGCUCGGUGUUGAGUGCCAAUGGGUUUGAGAAGGGACUCAUUAGUAGCCAGACGGACUAUGUUGUUUUUGACGGGAUUCUGGGUCUUCGCGGUCUUGAUCUUGCUUUCUUUGAGCCGCGGGCUCGCUAUCAUACUGAUCAGGAUGAUGCGCGGCAUACGAGUCUGGACUCGGUCUGGCAUAUGCUUUCUGCGUCUGUUGCGACGACUCGAGAGCUUGUUUCUGAUUUCAGUGACCGGUUUGAUGGUCAUAAUCGUGAUGAUGGCACCGUUCCUAGUGGUACCGGUACCAAGGCUGUUUGGUUCGACCUUUUUGGAAGCGCCUUCGCUGUUUUCCAGCUGCAUACACUCUUCGCGCUGUCGGUUACUAUCCUGAUCGUGGCGCCUUUGACACUCCUUGUUACCAGCAUUGUGCUUUCUCAUGCGGACAAGAUGUACCUGUUCCGAUCCUCGACUUCUUUUGAUUUCACGGACGAGAAAUUCCCACUGCGAGGCUUGCGAGGUUUCUUUCGGUUCCCGUUCUUGCUUGGCGUGCCUACUGCAGUGACAGUGGGACUUGCCUACCUGGUUACCAAGAUCAACCCCUUCAUCUCCCACAGCAGCGGCUAUGCUGUAUGGAGCAUGAUGGUUUCCGCCUGGGUAUUCUUGGCUUGGUUUGUGUCCUGCGUUGCCGACUUUGCCCGUCCUUCGGCCUUCCACCGAGUGUACACCUGGACCUGGCUGUUUGUUCUCACCUGGGCUUUGCUGGUCGUUGCCACUGUUUACGAAAAUGAGCAAGGCUUGGCUGGUGGCUACUUCAUGUUUUUCUACUUUGCCGGUACCUUCUUGGCGACUUGGAUCUCUUAUCUGGAACUGUUCACUCUCCCAACCAAAACUGAGUACAUCAGCCAAUAUGCACCGAAUUCACGACGGCCUAGCAGCUAUGGUAGCAGACUUGGCACCACUUCUGGAGACGAGCGCCAAGAUGAUGAUGUCGAAGAAGAACCAACUGAAUCAACGUCGCUACUUCGUACUGGCCAGAGAACCACAUUCGCAAACUACGUCAGCGUCUCCAAUGAAUACCCAGCCCACCAGCAGGACAACGAGGAAGACACAGAUCCGAAUGUGUAUGGAAACGAGCAGACAUGGAGUGCAUCGAUGCCGCGCUGGACCUGGCUUCUCCAGCUGAUUCUCACCGUCCCCAUCAUCCUCACUCUGGUCGCUCCACUUGCACUCAUCCUCACCAGUGCCCUCCACCAAACCGGUCAGGACGGCAGCCCCCAGCUGUUCGUGUAUCUAUCCAUCGCCAUUCUCACAGCCGUUCUCUUCGCGCCGAUUCUCCCCUACAUCCACCGAUACACCUACCACAUUCCCAUUUUCCUGUUCCUCGUCCUCCUCGGUACCCUCAUUUACAACAUCGUCGCCUUCCCAUUCUCCGACUCCAACCGCGUGAAAAUGUUCUUCCACCAGCGCGUCGACCUGGACCACGGCAAUUCCACUGCCUAUCUAACCGGCAUGCCCCCAUUCGUCGAAAGCAUCGUCCGCGGCCUCCCCAGCGCAGAAGGCCAGACACAAUGCUCCGACUUCGUAAACCGCGUCCAAUGCUCUUGGAACGGCCCGGCGCCUCACGUCGCGCCAAACACCAACACUUCGUCAGACUGGGUCACCUUCAACAUCUCAAAACCCAAAGCCGAAAGCUACUCCGCCCACUUCGACAUCGCGGGCCAAAACACCCGCUCCUGCCGCAUCACGAUGGACCGCCACUCAAUUAAGAAUUUCAGUGUCGUCGGCGGCUCAGCUCCCGAUAAGCGCUUCAUUCAUCCGUCGCGGGAAGGGCUGAGCGAAGUGCGGCUGUGGAGUCGGGACUGGGACGCGAAGUGGAGUGUCGACGUCGACUUUUCGGAGAAGGAGUCUUCGACAGACGAAGAUGAGGGUCCUGUCUCGAAUGUUAAGGGUCGCGUUUCUUGUAUUUGGAGCGACGCUAAUACCCCCGGUGUUAUUCCUGCUCUGGAUGAGGUGAGGCAGUAUGUUCCUGCCUGGGUUGCUGUGACGAAGUUGAAGGAUGGGCUUGUGGAAGGGUACAGGGAUUUUGAGAUAACGGCGCAGGGUAAGCCUGUUUGA